AUGGCCACGAGCCGCGCUGUCGCUUUUGCGACUCAAACGCUCACUAUUGCAGUGCCCAAGAACCGACGGCCGAAAUUCGACCUUUACCUGAGAAUUAUUGACCUCAACAACGUCCCGCUUGCCUCUGGAUCCUCAUUCAUAAAGUGGCACUUAUCCCACUCGACUGCUGCAGACCACCGCGGCCGCACCGAGAACUGUCCUGUCCGUGAUCACAAAGUCCUCUAUAAUUACGACGUUUCGCUCCCCGUCCGCUUGACUGUCGACAAGAAUGGCAUGCUUCAGGAGAGCUGGAUCGAGUUCGAGGUCGUUCAAGAAUAUGGUGGUGGCUCAGGGCGUGGCGAGCGCAUCACUCUGGGACAUGUGAAGCUGAACCUCGCAGAAUAUGUGGAACCCAGCGAAAUGAUGCCUGCGCCAGGGGAAGAUGCUGGCGUCAAGAGGCGUUAUCUUAUGCAGGACAGCAAAGUCAAUAGCACACUCAAUGUGGGCAUCUACAUGAAGCAGACCGAGGGCGAUAAGAACUUUGUUGCGCCUGCGCUCAAGACAGCCCAAGUCUUCAGCGGUAUUGCAGGCAUCAUGGCUGGCGAACAGGCCGAGCUGGAGGAGUCUGGAGCUGCCCCAACUUUGAACAGCAAAUCUCGAGAAGCGGGCGAGCUGCAAGACAUGUACCGGCGCACCCUAGCUGCCUACUGGUCAGCGCAGCCAGGCGAGCUGAAAGCAGACGAAUGUAUUGAAGACAUCUUUGCCGGCGGAGACGGCUGGGGCGACCGAGAAAAGCCGUACUCGCACCCACACCCGCAACGACACCAGCCCGUCCGAUUUGCAACAGCGGACAGCAGCAGUUCGGUGAGCGAAAGUGAGGCGAGGCACACGCGUGGAAUCAGUAGCACGCAUCGCAAGUCACACGAGACAUUGCGACCUGCUGAUGCCCACUCCAAAGGGCCAGGUGUGCGCGGCAGGGGCAGUCUGGAGCAACAGGCCUCUCAGAUGAAAGCAGAGGCUGCGCGUGCACGCCAUCGUCCUCACCACGAAGUCGAUGAGUUUGAUCUGAGAGAGGAUCUGUGCAGCUGGCGACGUCCUGUCUAG